UUACAAUGGUCAUCAAGGGCUUGACAUGUAUGGGUUCUCUGUUGAGAACUUUUCGGCGUCCUUCCUCAAGGCCGCUGCUCCUUUUCCGCCGGGGAAUCAGCUAUUAUGAUGACCUGGAUCACAUAACGCGGCCCGACUGGCGAAUUAUAACGGAUGGCAGACGAAAUAAGGGCCUAGCUUUCACCAUUGAGGAGCGACAGCGUCUGGGAAUCCAAGGACUAUUACCCUGCACAGUGCGUUCCAUGGAAGACCAGAUGCUGGCCAUCGAGACGAACUUUUAUGCACGGCCAGCCAACCUCAAUAGGUACACAUAUCUGAGUUCCCUGCAAUAUAGGCACCGGCGAAUCUACUAUCGCUUUAUCCGGGAGAACAUCGAGCAGGUCCUGCCCAUUGUUUAUACACCCACGAUGGGCGAUGUGGUGACCACCUUUGGAUUGAAUUUCCAGAUCGCCACCAGCCUGUAUGUAAGCAUCUUUGACAAGGGACAUAUCGUGGAGCUGUUGCACAACUGGACAGAACGAAAUGUGCGAGCCAUUUGUGUAACGGAUGGCGGAAGGGUCUUGGGACUCGGCGACAUGGGUGCCAAUGGCAUGGGUAUUACCGUCGGGAAAAUGGUCCUUUACACAGCCCUGGCCGGAGUUCCGCCCUCCCUACUGAUGCCCGUUUGCCUGGACGUGGGCACGGAUAAUCAGGCCCUGCUCCAGGAUCCACUCUAUGUGGGCAUGCGCAUUCCCCGGGUACGAGGUCCCGAAUAUGACGAACUUGUCCAGGAGUUCAUGGAGGCGGCGGUGGAGUGCUUUGGUCACGAUACCUUCAUCCACUUUGAGGACUUUUCCACGCCCGAUGCUCUCAAGUUCCUAGAAAAGUAUCAAGACAGCUAUUGCUACUUCAACGACGAUGUCCAGGGAACGGGUGCCACCGGAGUGGCGGGAUUCCUAAACGUUGAACGGAUCACUGGCCGCAAACUGGAGGAUACCACAUUUCUAUUUGCGGGCGCUGGGAGCGCCUCUUUGGGCAUUGCCAACAUGCUAGCGACUGAGUUGGAGGAGCGAGGUGUGCCGGCCGAUGAGGUGGCAAAGAAUAUAUUCCUGCAGGAUCAUAUUGGCCUGUUCACCUGCGAUAGAACCGAUGGGGGCGAGCCGGUCAAACGUUUCCUCAAGCCCAUAGAGGGCUCCGAGGAUCUACUAGCCACAAUCCAGAGACUGAAGCCAUCGAUACUUGUGGGAGCGACAGGUCAUGCUUCCUUAUUUACCGAGGAAAUCCUCAAGACGAUGGCCAAGAACCACAAGCUUCCGGCGGUAUUUGCCCUCUCGAAUCCAACUGCCUACUCGGAGUGUACAGCGGAGCAGGCCUAUUGCCAUACAGAGGGCCGUGUUCUGUUUUGUUCCGGAUCACCGUUUCCGCCGGUGGUGAUAAACGGAAAACGAUAUUCGCCUUCCCAGGCUAAUAAUUGCUUAACAUUUCCCGGCAUUGCGCUGGGCGCCAUUAGUUCGUCGGCCCAGACUUUGCCCAAUUCCAUAUAUCCUGUGGUGGCACGCACACUGGCCGACUGCGUCUCCCAGGAGCGACUGGAUGCUGGUGCACUGUAUCCACCCAUCAAGGAUGCCCAUGAGGUGGCUCUGAAAGUGGGAGCGGCGGUGGCACAAUUUGUAUUUGAUAAUGAUCUUUCGAAUAUUAACCCCAAGCCCGAGGAUGUUAGUGAGUUUGUACAGAGAAAUUUGUACAAAAUGGAGUACCGAAGCUCGUUGAUUAGUACAUAUGACUAUCCAGAAACGUUGCCCAUGCCAAAGAAAGAAACCAAGAAGGAGGCAUAAACUUGGCCGGACUCCUGACCUGCUUUUCUAGUGACCAGAAAGGACCUUGUGUAAUUAGUUGCAAACACAGCAUGCACACACACACACAACAAAACCAUGCCACAGGAGCAGCGAAGGCACGAUAAAUGCCCGACAUUUUAACGUUAUUAUUGUCCUGUCAACGCAAAGCCAGUUGACAUGCUCGUGUGCCAGGACAUUGUGUGCCAUGUCCGUGUGUGUGUGUGUGUGUAUCUUGCUGAUUUGCAUAUAAAAUAGGACGAAAUGUCUGCUCACCAAAAAUGUCAA